GAACAUCUCCUUCAGACUGACCACAAGAACACACACACACACACACAGGAUGGAGGGAUGUUCCGCCUUCCUCGUCGUCUCUACAUGUCUACUGCUGCUGACAGGAGGUGCGAGGACCAUACAAGUGGUGGAAGAACCUGGACUUCACGUGGCUGAGAACGGCACGGUGACGGAGAUAAUCCUCGACUGCCCUUACAUCCUGGAGGAGAACGACAACUCUGGUCUGACUAUCAAGUGGUACCAAGUGGGUAAUCCCAUACCUGUGUACCAAUGGAUUGUUAGCAGCAGCCCCCCACAGGCAUUGGGUAUCCUAGAGGGACGGCUGGACCUGUCAUACAAAGCGUCAGAGGAUGAGAACCACCGCCACCGAGCUCUCAAAAUCAUCAACCCUUCCACAGAAUUGUCCGGCCAAUACCAGUGCAAAAUCUCCACCUUUGACGAUGAAAAAGAUUACCUACAGAAACUCAUCAUAUACAGUAAGCCGCAGGUGGUUGAGGUGUGGACGGAGCAGCGAGAGGACAACGUGGUGACUGUGGUGUGUGAAGUAGACCAAGUGUACCCACAACCAAACCUACACCUCUGCCAGCGCUCAGCUGACAGUGACUGCAUAAAUCUGAGCGGGGUGAAGGAGGUUAACUCAUGGUCCCGAGGUUCAUACAACAUGACGGUGGAGCGAGAGGUUCAUGAAGACACCCUCGAUGGUCUUACCACCUUCGAGUGUGUGGUGACCAUCCCUGACACCAAGGUGGAGAUGCUUGACCACACCAAAUACCAGCCUAGACUUCAAGUACAAGACCCAGAAGAAGUGAAGAUUGGAGGAGGGAGUGAGGUGCAUUCAGCCAUGACUGUCCUGGUUGGCAUUGCCCUGUUGGCCGUCUGGCGGGUAUAAGGUUGUCUGGAACAAGGUUUUGACCCAGACUCAAUAUCAGCUUCACUGAUAGCCAAAGCUGCCACUGCCUCCUGGAGAAGAUAUCAACAUGAAGACUUCCAAGACAUAAAGGAUGUUUAGAGUGAAUCAAGGCAUCGUACCACAGCUGAGUGAAGGCAGCCUCCUGUACCAUGUAUUUAACCGCUGCUACAGGAGCGUACACCAACAGAUAACUCCUGAAGACCUCCUGAUACAUCUUACCGUUUUGGACCACCUCAAACAAAUCCCUCUGAAAUGGUUCCGAACAAACAGGAACUCAAGUCUUGGAAAAAUCAGAAUGUGCUGUGUUUUAAUUUUCUUGGUUCCAUCUUCUCUCUAAGUUAUGGUGAUGAUUUGUAAAAUUGUGUAUUAUCUAGUCACUGAAUUUAUAGUUAUAAUAUUGUGCCAUUUAUACUUUCGCUAUUCCCCAUGUUGUAUCUCAUUACGUAUGUUCAAGAGGGGAUUAGUGGCAUGACGGAUGACAGCGGAUGUUUGGACAAAGAAGCACGGCUGACAUUUGGACAUCAUUAAACCCUUGUGUACAUUCACAUCACCCAUAGAGACAUUUCAUGAUAGUUUACAUCGUGGCUUUGUAUCUUAGGAAUUUAUUCCUUUAUAAGAAGUGUUUAAUGACUGGAAGCCACUGUGAUGAAGAACCCUGUUGUGUGUGUUGGGGUCGAGAGUGUGAUAUUAUUGCCUGUUUAGUUUUUACCUUCAUGGUACCUUUUUGCCCUGAUAUAUAAAGCUUUAAUAUAAGUUAAAACAUGUGUAUAAUAUAUAUAUUAUACACAAUAUACUGUACUAUGAAUAUUUUAUAAUAUUCACUACACACACACACACACACAUAUACAUACACGCACAAGAUAAGUAAGAGUCAUUCAUACAUUAGUUGUUCAUAAUGCUACAUAUGGGAAGAAGGUCACACGUUAACACAGCAUCAACACACAGCCACAGGAGGAGCGUGAGCUGUUUACCACUUCCGUGUAUGGCAACAAACAUUCAUCAGCCCAUUCUCCUGUGCCUCACAUUUGGAGCACUUAUAAAUAAACACUUGGUACCGACUCACUCGGCAUGGAAGACCUAGUCUCCCCACACACCUUACUGCCUCCCCUCCACACUUCACUGCCUCCCCUCCCCUCACACACCUCACUGCCUCCCCUCCCCUCUCCCACACACCUCACUGCCACCUCUUCCCUCCCUACCACAAAUACAGUACUGCAGCCACCUUAUUACCUCUAUGCUUACUUAAAAACAAAAACAAACACUAAAGAAGUAUCAGUGAAAUUUCCAUUAAUGUUGUGGCAUUUAAAAAUCUGAUAAAUGACUUACAGACAAACAAACCAAAAUAGAAAUGAACAAUUCUGCAAGAUGGAAACACUGUCACUGGGUUCAGCCAUUGUACAGGAGAAGGUAAUGUAAAAUAAUGGUUGGGUGACUGUAAUGUUUCACUUUAUUAAUCAGGUUCUGCAAGGGAACUAAUAUUACAAAAGAUAUUGACUUAAAUUAAGACAGUGUAAACUGAUGGAAUGCUGUGGCCAAGGAGACUUACACAAACACCAUGGACUGUCUCUCACCAUCCACCACUGAGUCCAUUAACACUAUCACAGCCACUUCCACCUUUUAUCAUUAAAGAGUGUACCAAGAGCACCAGAGAGGCGCUAGCACCACCUACCACUGUAGUAGUGGGCAGGGUGGUGGGCCUCAAGGAUGAACUGGACCUAUAAUUCAAUGCCGCCAUUAACAACUUGGCCAUGACACGCUGCAUAUCUCGGUGACGUGCCGGACAUCAUAAUUAUUAGUCUAUGUUAAAACAUACUACUUGUGCAUUAUCAUUAGCAACUUCACUUUGCAAUCCUGGGUUUCCAUGUACAUAAGGAAUAUAUUUGAAAUAAAUGAGAGAAUGUAUCACAUCCUAUGCUGUGAAUUACCCAAGUUCACCCUUUACAAAUCUUUGAUACUGUUGACAAUGGUAGAACCUGGAUCUGGAUUCUCAGAGUCAUAUGUUAGAAUUUAUCACCUAAAUGGAAAUAUGUGAGAGCACGCUUAGUUACAGUAAAGCAUCAAGCAAUUUAUAUUCGCUUUUGGUUGACAUGUUUGCUCUAUCUCCUAAGUACAACAGUAAGAUAUAUUGUUAUCAUUCAUGUAAUAUAAAACUUUAGUGUAUGAAACUGAGAAUCUGGAACCUUAUCAACAUGUGUUAUGUAUGCUUGUUUUUCACAUACUGUUGAGAGUUUAUAAUAAAGAAAUAUACCAAUGA